AUGGAGAUCGCUCGCACCUCCAUGAUCCAUGCACGUGCGCCCCAUUUUUUGUGGCCCUACGCGGUUCGCUACGCCGCCCACCAGCUGAACCUCUGGCCUCAUGUCUCACGACCAGGGGAUUCACCGACCGGUCUUUGGACCGGGUCCCCUGGUGUUGCAUCGGAGUUUUCACGUCUGGGGCUGCCUUGCGCUUGUCCGCAACACACCUCUGCGGAUAAGCUCUCGGCUCGCGCCAUCCAGUGUGUCUUCCUUGGUUUCCCAGUGGACUCUCCUGACUUUGCGUUUUACCACCCGCCCUGCCACCGUUUCCUUGACUCCCGUGACGCCCAGUUUGACGAGUCAGUGUCCUACUACGCUCGCUACCCCUGUCGAGGUCUCCCGGUUCCCCCUCCUCCCCUCUUCCUCGCCCCCUCUCCUCCUCCUGCUCCCGCUCCUCCGUACCCCCAACCCCCCCUGGUCCUGCCCCGUCAGGUGUGUCUCACGCUACCCCUCUACCCUCAGUUGCGCGUCCAGUUCCUGUGGACUGAAGGGGUGUUAGAGCUGGAGGUGCUGCUACUGGAGGUGCUCGGUCAGGGGGUGCUCGUUCGAGGGGUGCUGGAGCUGGAGGUGCUGGCACUGGAGCUGGAGGUGCUGGCACUGGAGGUGCUAGUUCGGGGGGUGCUGGAGCUGGAGGUGCUGGCACUGGUGGUGUUAGUUAUGGGGUGGUGGAGCUGGAGAGGUGGUGGCACUGGUGGUGCUACCUCUGGAGGUGCUGGCACUGGAGGUGCUAGUUCUGAGGAGACUGGAGCUGGAAGCACUACUACUGCGCCUCCCAACCGCCACGACACCGCGUCUCCAGGUGGCUCGCCGGCGUGA